GAUUGUGCCAGUAUUUUGAGAGAAUUCAGGAUAUAUUAUAUGUAUAUAGAUUUAUUUCCAUCUUUGAUGAUACUUAUCAUCCAUUUCUCAUGGUAAUAAUGUUCUAUUUUAACUCUUCUAAAAGUUGCCAAUGUAUGGUCAGAUAAGGCCAAGUUUGGCAUGAUUGAAAAAAGACAAAAAGUCAAAAAGUCACUAUCCUGUUUAAGUCACAUCAUCUUAUUUAAGUCACAUCACCUCUCUAACACAUCACUUCAAACCCAACCCAAACCCAACCCAUAUUUCAUAAAAAAUCAAAAAGUGCACUUAUUUAGUCUUCCCAAACUAGGCCUAAAUGUUGCUGCCUUUCAUCUAUCUAUGUAUUUCAGACCAAGGUAAAAAAUACAAUUAAUUCCAAGAAGCAAUGGGGUUUUGUGUUCACCAAACAUGUUUAUGAUGUUCUAUGGAAGGAAUUUGUGGUGGUGUUAACAAUGCAGGACCUGGACAAGCAUUUGGAAAAUUCUCAUUUAUUCAUUCAAAGACAAUUUUUUUAUUAAAAAUGUAUUGUACCAAACACAAAUAUUAUAAAAUAUUGAUUAAUGGGCACUAGCUAGCGUGCUUUGCACGCGGCCAUUUCACUAGUAUUUAUUUAAGCGUAGGAAAUUACGUCACGUGCAUAACCGUUACAUUAAAUAAUUGAAUUAUUUAUUUAUUUUCGUCAAACAGAGCUACAUGGUUUUCUUGCAUAGGAAAAUAUUUAUUUAUUUAAGCGAAAGGACUUUUAACUUUUCCGAAGUAAGUGAGGGUUAAAAAAUUGCUGACGAACUCGACAGCACUAGCCGCGACUCUAUCUUUGUCGUUUAGACCAGUUUCCGAUAUCGGCGAUAACUUUCCGACCUUCGUUUACUAUCACCCGUCGAUUUAUUCAGAUGUAAGGCUACUUGUUUUGAUUUCUUAUUAUAAAUGAGUCGAACUUGAAUCCACCCUUCUCUAGUUUGAACUUGUUGUCUUCUUUUGAUUGAAAGUGGUAUAGAUUUGCCUCCAUCUUCACUUGAACACCAAGUGUUUGAUAAAAUGCUUCAGCCAAAAGAACAUUUUGAUUUUUUUUUUUUUUUUGGCUAAGAGCAUUUUUAUUACCAUAGUCUACUGGGAACCUUCAGGACCUGAAUAAUAUUCACUAAUUGUUGAGGGGUCUUAGUGUAACUAACACUAAUAUUUUACUUGAGUUAUUUAUGUCUAGUCUCCGGAGCCUUCAUUGACUGUUGGUGGAUUUUCUAAGUAAUUGUAUCUAGAUGUUCCCGGGAAUUUUAAUUGUACAGCCCCCAAAUAAUCAAUUUCUUUUUGUUUCUUAACAAAAUUUCAAGAGAUUGGUUUAAAUACAUAUUUCCAUUUGUACACUAAUUUUCUUCUUAUUUAUCUUUCUAGUCUUUUAUUCCAAGAGGAUGAUCUUCAUUGCCAUUAUGUUCUUUUCUUGGAGGGGUAUGGAGAUUGUUUUUGUUUUUGGUACUUUUGUUUUUGAAAUUUUAUCACUACAUGCUUAAUUUUAUGUUUACAAGCAUGUGGACGUUGAAUGCAUUUAGAAUUGCUUGCUUGGAGGACCCGUUCUAUCCUAUUUGGUGUUCAUGAUGUUCGUCCUGUGUUGUUAUAUCAACUUGUGUUAACAUGGUAUGACAAAGAAUUUUCAUGGCUUGGCCAAGGAUUUUCUUUGUGCUUUUCUUUUCGGUUAUAGACAUUAAAUUUUUUGGAAAUGUACAAUGUUGGCAUGACUAUCAAAGAAUUGUUGUUUAGGUUUGCUAAGUAUUUUGACAUGAUGUUAAUGGCAGAAUUAUAGCCAAAGAUGAGAAACAGACCUCCACCAGAUCCUGUUGCCGUUCUAAGAGGUCAUCGUGCUUCUGUCAUGGAUGUGUGUUUCCAUCCAUCUGCAAAUAUAUUAUUUACAGGUGCCGCUGAUGGUGAGUUGCGCAUUUGGGAUACUCUCCAGCAUCGGACUAUAUCAUCAUCAUGGGUGCAUAGUGCAGCACAUGGGAUUAUUUGUGUUGCGACUAGUCCUUUGAUUGGAAGUAAUAAAGUUGUCAGUCAAGGUAGGGAUGGAACUGUGAAAUAUUGGGAUUUUGCGGAUGGAAGUUUGUCCAGGAUCCCUUCGCUUACAAUCCAAACAAACUCUUACCACUUCUGCAAGCUGUCAUUAGUGAAGAAGCCUUCUUGUUUGAGGCAAGUGGAAGGGCUUAAACACUGCCAUGAUUUGGAGGUUAUGGAAACUGUUGAUGCAGAUACUCUGGAUGAUAGCAAAAGAAUGGCUCAAGGGAGUUUAGAGAAAAGUUCAAGGACACUCGAAGAUGAUGCACAAGUUGAAGGACCAAAAUAUGUGGCUAUAGCAGGGGAGCAGCCUUCCGAGGUUGAGAUAUGGGAUCUCAAUACUGCAGAAAAGGUUGUACGAUUACCUCAAAAUUGCUCCAAUGGUUCCCUAUAUCAGUCAUCAAAGGCAAGAGGAAUGUGCAUGUCUGUUCAAGCUUUUUUACCAUCUGAAUCACAGGGGUUCCUGAGUGUCUUAACUGGUUACGAGGAUGGAACAAUGGUUUGGUGGGAUUUGAGGAAUCCAGAGGUUCCAAUGACUUCUGUUAAGUUUCAUUCAGAGCCAGUUCUAAGUCUUUGUGUUGAUGGAUCAUGCAGCGGGGGUAUGUCUGGAGCUGCAGAUGAAAAAGUUGUGAUAUUCAGUUUGGUUCAUUCAAUGGGUUCUUGUGUGGUCAAGAAAGAAAUUAGUUUGGAGCGACCUGGCAUAUCAGGGAUCUCAAUUCGACCAGAUGGGAAAAUUGCUGCAACUGCUGGUUGGGAUCACCGAAAUAUGAGAUCAUAAUCAUAAUGAACUUCAGAUAGACUGCAAAUGGGUUUUGUGCUAAGGAAUCUCUGGCAAUGGGGGUUUAGUUAUCCAUUAGAGAUGUUGUCAUGGGAUUGGGGCCCCUUGUCCACGAGUGCGCCU